AUGCCCAUCCCUACUUCUCAGACCCACCUGCAUCUGCCAUUCUUGCUGCUGCCUCUGCUGCUGGGACUCACAGGAUUGACAGGAGAAGAGGAGCUGCGGGUGACUCAGCCUGAGCCAUCAGUGUCGGUCGCGGCUGGAGUGGCGGCCACUCUGCGCUGCACCGUGACCUCCCUGCUCCCCGUGGGGCCCAUCCUGUGGUUCAGGGGGGAAGGGCCAGGCCGGGAGCUGAUCUUCAGUUUCAAAGAUGGACAAGAAGUCCACUUCCCCCGGGUAACGCGUAUUGGAAGCACCACAGAGAGAGACAACAGGGACUUUUCCAUCCUCAUCAGAAACGUCACCACAGCAGACACCGGCACCUACUACUGUGUCAAGUUCCGGAAAGGGACUCCUGAUGUGGAGUUUAAGUCUGGGGCAGGCACCGAGAUGUUUGUGCGGGCUAAACCCUCUCCUCCAAAGGUUUCUGGCCCCUCCAACAGGGCCAGCCCAGGCCACGUAGUGAAUCUCACCUGCACAUCAACUGGCUUCUUUCCCAAAAACAUAUAUGUGAAAUGGUUUGAAAAUGGCAUGGAGCUUCCAGCCAUUCAGACCCUAGUCUUCCCGCCUGGAGAUGCUUCCUCCUACACCGUCCUCAGCAACUUGCUGGUGACUCUUUCGGUUUCCUCACUCCACUCCCAGGUCACCUGCCAAGUGGCUCACAGUGAAUUGCUGAGCCCCCUCAGAGGCCAUGUGAACAUCUCCCAAUUCCUCCAAGAUGGCACAUUCAACCAAGACAGUCACAUCCUGGUCCACACUUCAGAGUGGGAAGACAAAAGGCUGUUCACCUGCCAGGUGUGGCAGAAUGCCCAGGCACUGGUCCAGGCCAGCAGGCAGCUGAGCGAGCUUGGGGACAAGCAGGCGAAUUUGGGUGCCACAGUAUCCAGCCCCCUCCUCCUCCUUGGCUGGAAGUUGUUUCCUCUGACUGCAUUUUCCAUCAUCUAUGUCUUCAGGAAGAGGCUUCUUUACAGCCUCCAGAGGAGGGGAGAGCCUGGACCGGGAAAGAUGACCCUGACCAAGAAACCCAGCAGAAGCAGGACAGGCUCCCACCCAGAGGGGAACAACUCUGGUGGCUCCUUCCUGGGUCCUCCCAUUGUGGACACCCAAGCUCUGCCAUGA